UGUUGCUUGAAAGAACGGAGUCGAUAUGAUUGAUCACGGUCGACUGCCGCUCAAAAGGAUAUCCAAGUGAGUAUCGCCAUUUAAGGGAGCAAAUACUAUACUCAUCAGAGUCAAAGUGAGGUCUUGGGGAUCUUGUCUGUGAGAUAUCGAGUGAAAGAUAGCCCACUUCAAUUCAAUAUCAAUCAAUAUCUACGAAACCCUCUAUUAUUCUUUCUUUGCCAUCCGCGCACCGAUCACUGUUAGUCAUCCGAAGGUUAUCCAUGGUUAUGCUGCAGGCGUUUUGAUAGGUGCAAUAUCCAUCCUUCGAGAAAUUGGUUGUGACAUAUAGCCAAAGCCAAUCCCCCGUUUGAUGUUGGUAGUUCUUCCAGCCUCUUUUGAUAGAAAACAAUAUCACCACAGUCCAAGCUACUCAGUAAUAUCUCUCUCUCUAUCUCCAUACCCCAACUCCACUGGGAGCUUAAAUUAAAAAGAGAGCUAUCGUCCGCAGGAACAUCCGCAACAAUAAUAAUAAUGUUGGACUGGUCUCCGCACCCUUACCUACCCUGGAUGGAGGACCACGUGACAUCCUCGAAACCCAAUUCGAGAUCUUCAUCGCCAACUUCUUCCUCCUCAACCCAGCAAAAAAGCAAAAAUAAUACCAAAACCAAAACCACAACCACCACAACCACAACCCUAUCCACCACGGCCACCAAAUCCCCUCCGUACAUCUCGUGCAUCACACAAUGGCCUCCCAACCUUUGAUCCCGCCCUUUCUACUGCCAAGAGGUAUCUCAAAACGAACCCUCCUGUUCUUCGCAUCCCGCAAUGCGCGCCCUCGGCAAGGCUCACUACAAGCACCCCCAUCCGGGCUCCGGCUAAAAUCUACAUCAAAAUCAACCAAGCCCUCCGCUGCCCGCGUUCUAGAGAAGCCAGACCGCUUCCGGCCCCCAUCCCACCCAGCACGACGAGUGAUGAACGCGCGCAGCGCACAGCAGCCGCGCAACUAUCCGGGACCCCGUCUCUCCGAGGCGGAGCUGGCAGAGAAGAAGACGAAGCGGUAUCCGCACAUGUUCCCGCCGGAAGGAACAGUGAUGCAUAAGUUUCUGACGAGUCGGGGAAUUCAUGUUUGGAUUUCAAUGUCUGUCCUCCUCUCCCUCGCAACAUUCACCUUCUCCACAAAUUUCAAACACACCUCGCCCUUCGCGCACCUGCUGCCGCCCUGGUCGCAGCUACUCACACAUCCCAUCGACACCAUCUCGCAGGUGCUGGCGGUCUUGAAGAUGCAUGCAGAUCAUCAAACGCUGGAGACGGCGGAGAAGAGGAAGAAGAAGAUUGAUGAUGUGGAGAAGCGGAGGGCGUAUAGACAGGCGCAUGGGUUGGAGAAGAAGGAGGAAGGGGAGGAGGUGGUGGAGGGAGAUGUUGCUACUGCUGCCGCUGCUGAUGGGCAGCUUACCGUGGAUGGAGUUGAUGGCGAGAAUGGAGAGGAUGGGGUGGUGCGGGAGCGAAGGAGGCCGAUUAAGAAGUGGCUGGGUAUUUGGUGAGGUGAGGUAAUUUGGGUUUUGUGGUUGAAUGGGUGGACUAACUGGGCUGUUACGUGGGUCUUGAAUAAAUCUCAUGUUUUGUUGCUGGUCCCUGCGGAGGAGAACUGUAUAUUAUUUAUCUGAUUUUCAUAUAUCUUCGUACGAUACCCGUACUUACUGUGGCAUGGUAUUACAUUUAAAUGAAUGGGACAUGUAUACAUAGAAUAGAUUUGUCGUCGGAUGGACAUCUCUGACCUCUAAGCUCCUUAUUUUGCAUAGUUAAUUAUACUGUACUCCCAUUAUUAGAUAAAUACCUAUAUCUCAAAAGCCAACUUAACCAUUCCAUAGAAUCCUUUAUAGUUCCUAUUAUCCUACAAGCACGGGGAUAUACACAUAAAAUAACUAACGUAGCCAAAUCGAAUUAUUUACAUGAUUCACCCGAUUUCUCCCUCUAUUUUAAUCAACCCGAUAACGAGGUACGUACAGUACAAUAAAUGAAUCAGGGAAUUGAAAAUCUAUAAAAAAAAAGAAAAAAAAAAAA